AUGGGAUGGAAAGGUCCUGGGAAGUCAGAGCCAACCCCUCCCUGUUUAGCACUGAAGGCUGACACACAAAAUAGGGAACGCCUGAGCAGCCUGCGGUGGAAAGUUGGAGCCGUGCUGUGUGGCGGGUGGAUGCAGGAGCAGAGAACAGCCGGGGAGAGGAAGACUCGGGACGUGGUGGGGCAUGGCUGGGACGAUGCAGUUCCUGGCUUGGCUAAUAGUAACCAUCUGCCUUCUCCCUGGGGUGACUACAACCCAGCACCGUCCAGGGCAGCCCAUGGACAGCGCCAGCGUGGGAGGUGGCCUGCAGGAGCCAGAGGCCCCGGAAGUGAUGUUUGAGCUGCUCUGGGCUGGGCUGGAGCUGGAUGUCAUGGGGCAGCUGCGUAUCCAGGACGAGGAACUGGCAUCCACACACCCAGGCCGCCGACUCAGGCUCCUCCUGCAGCAACACGUGCCCAGUGACUUGGAGGGUGCUAAGCAGCGGCUGCGGCGGUUCCAGGACCUGCGGAAAGGGCCUCCUCUUAGCCCUUGGGACUUUGAACAUCUGCUCCUCACAGGCCUGUCCUGUGUCUACCGGCUCCAUGAGGCUAGUGAGGCUGAAGAGAGGGGUCGCUGGGCUCAGGUCUUCGCCCUGCUGGCACAGGAAACACUCUGGGACCUGUGCAAGGGCUUCUGCCCCCAGGGGCAGCCCCCAUCUUUGGGGCCCUGGGCCUUGAUCCUUGACCCCUUUCCCUGACUCUCCCCUUCCACCUGCCAACCCACCACUGCCCCCCAACUUGUGGCCCAAGCCAGACCCAGCCUGGGCAGUGGCUUUCAUCUGGCAUGUGGUCCUUCCCACUGUGUUCAGGUCUCUGGGCUUGGAUUGUACCCUGAACGCAGUUUACCCCUGCCCCAUUUUCUUCCCUGAGCCCUGGUAGGCUAAGAGCCUGGGUCUCAGGACACAGGCACAGAGCUAAAAGCAGGAAUUGCAGGUAUGUGUUGGGGUUAGGGUUGAGAAGUGUGUUCAAGGAUGCUGAAAAGAAAGCUGCCCCCAAGGAAGGCCAAGUCCGACGCUCCAAGUCCUACCCUGGCAGUCUGUGACAAGUCCUGCGGAAUCUGUGGGAACCUUGUGAAUGCCCAGCACCCAGUCCUAAUUUACAUACCUUUUUAAAUCCCAACCAAUGCUCUGGAGUCCCUGUGCCCCAAGUUCCCCAUCUGGACUAGAAUAGACUGGACAUUUUUAGUCUGUUGGAGGAAUGGAGGAAAGCAGGUGGAAGAACAUUACCUUU